AUCAUUGACCAAAACCAGAUCUAGCGUUCCUCACUUCUUGGUCGCUUUUUAUCUAGCGUUCCUCACUUCAAUUUCAGUGAUUCAAGAGUUUCAAAUCACUAGUUUCCAGAAAAGAAAAAGAGAAAGAAGAGAGAAAAAUGGGUACAGAGGCUUUCCCCUCUGCUUCAAUCCAGAGGCUCCGCGACAAGGUUGCUUCUGCCGAGUUCAUGGACUUGUUCCGUGGCCUAAAACUUGAUCUUUCACUCCUGGAGGAACUGAAGCUGACUUUUCUGACCCUUGAUGCAGUGCUCGAUGAUGCUCAGGAUCAGGAGACUGAUAACUUUGCUGUGAGAGUGUGGCUUAACGAGCUCACACAUGCAGUCUUCGAUGCAGAGGAUCUAGUGGAUGAGAUCGAUACUGAAGGUUUGCGUCGCAAGGUGGAAGCUGAAUACCAAACUAAGAAAACCCAGGUGUUGAAUUUGCUUUCUGAUUCUCUUACUCCUUUUCAUCGAGGCGUGAAUGGUAGGAUUCAAAAGACUUCUAAGAGAUUAGAUUUCCUUGCAAAACAGAAAGAUGGUCUUGGUUUGAAAGAACGUGCUGUUAGAGGGAGUGUUUCGUCACAAAGUCCAACAAGUCCCAUUGUUGUCGAGGAUAUUUUUGGUAGGGAUGAAGAGAAAGAGAAGUUGAAAGCACUGUUGCUAUCUGAUGAUGCAAGUAGCGGUGAUAUAUCUAUAAUCCCCAUAGUUGGGAUGGGCGGUGUCGGCAAGACAACCCUUGCUCAGCUCCUUUACAAUGAUAAAAAAAUAAAUGAGUAUUUUGAUGUCAAAGCUUGGGCCUGUGUUUCUGAAGAUUUUGAUGCUGUUAGGGUAACUAAAGACCUUCUCGGGUCAAUUACUUCAGAACCUUGCGAGAUUUUAGAUAUGAGCUUGCUUCGAGUUGAACUUAGGGAACAAGUGAGGGGGAAAAAGUUUCUAUUUGUGUUGGAUGACCUUUGGAAUGAGAACUCUAAUGAUUGGGAUCUUGUACGGGCUCCUUUUACUUAUGGGGCGAGGGGAAGUAAGGUCAUAGUGACAACAAGGGACGCAGCGGUCGCAUCCACUGUGCAUACUCUUCCUAUUCACUACUUGAAACUUUGUUCAGAUAAAGAUUGUUGGUUGUUACUUGCAAAACAUGCAUUUAGAAAUGAAAAUUCUCCUGUGCAUCCAGACUUGGAAGAAAUUUGUAAGAAAAUUGCGAGCAAGUGCCGUGGUCUUCCUUUAGCUGCAAAAGCACUUGGGGGUCUCUUAGGUUGUAAAGUAGGUUACAAGGAAUGGAGUCACAUAUUGAACAACAAUCUUUGGAAUGAAUUUGAUCUGGACAAGAAGACAUUUGAGAUAACAGAUCACCUUGCAAAACUGAAAGAUGUCCUUGGUUUGAAAGAACGUGCUGUUAGAGCGAGUGUUUCGUCACAAAGUCCAACAAGUCCCAUUGUUGUCGAGGAUAUUUUUGGUAGGGAUGAAGAGAAAGAGAAGUUGAAAGCACUGUUGCUAUCUGAUGAUGCAAGUAGCGGUGAUAUAUCUGUAAUCCCCAUAGUUGGGAGGGGCGGUGUCGGCAAGACAACCCUUGCUCAGCUCCUUUACAAUGACAACAGAGUGAAAGAGUAUUUCGAUGUUAGAGCUUGGGUAUGUGUUUCCCAAGAUUUUGAUCCGAUUAGGGUAACAAAAACCCUUCUCGAGUCAAUUGCUUCAAAACCUGUUGGAAUUUUAGAUGUGAUAUUGCUUCAAGAAGAACUUAGGGAACAAAUAAGGGGGAAAAAGUUUCUGUUUGUGUUGGAUGACCUUGGGAAUGACAACUAUAAUGAUUGGAAUUUUCUCCAAGCUCCUUUCACUUAUGGGGCAAGGGGAAGUAGGGUCAUUGUGACAACAAGGAGCACAAUUGUGGCGUCCCUCGUGCACACCGAAUCUAUUCACCACUCAAAACCACUGUCUACAGAAUGUUAUUGGUUGUUACUUGCAAAACAUGCAUUUGGAAAUGAAAACCCCAGUUCAUAUCCAGAAUUGGAAGGAAUAGGUAAGCAACUUGCACGUGAGUGCUGCGGUAUGCCUUUAGUUGCAAGAGCACUAGGUGGCCUCUUGCAAUGCAGUACAGAUGUUAAGGAAUGGAACCGCAUAUUAUAUAGCUUGCAGCUAACCCAUGACAAUAUUCUCGUGGCUCUUAGAUUGAGCUACCAUUAUCUCCCAAGUCAUUUAAAGCAGUGCUUUGCUUAUUGUUCAAUUUUUCCAAAGAGUUACGAGUUCAAAAAGGAAGAUGUGGCUUUACUUUGGAUAGCAGAGGGUCUAGUUCCUCAAUCUGGGGAUGGGAAAAGAAUGGAAGAGGUGGCUUUGCAAUAUUUUGAUGAGCUGUUAUCCCGAUCCCUGUUUCAAAGGUCAGGAAUUAAGUCAUCAGUUUUCACAAUGCACGAUCUCAUUAAUGAUUUGGCUAUGUCCAUGUCAAAAGAAAUUUGCUGCAGACUGGAAGGGGAGGAAUCAAACGAAGUUCCUGAACGUAUUCGUCAUAUUUCUUAUGUUAAAGAAGAAUUUGACGUUGCCCCUAAAUUUGAGUCAUUAUAUAGAGCUAAGUGUUUGCGGACCUUCCUACCUUUGGCAUCAUUUUGGCAUCGGCAAAAUUUUAUCAGUGAAAGGAUUCCACUAGAUUUGUUGCCAGCACUAAGAAGUUUGCGGGUGUUUUCAUUGUCAGGUUAUAAAAAUGUCACUGAGUUGCCGAAUUCAAUUGGUAAUCUCAUAAGUUUGCGUUAUAUCAAUCUCUCCCACACUGGAAUCAGAAGGCUACCUGAUAGAAUAUGCACUCUCUACAAUCUGCAGACUUUACUGUUAUCACACUGUUUCUCUCUCAUUGAAUUGCCUGCAGAUAUGCAAAAGUUGAUUAAUCUGCGACAUGUUGAUAUUAGUGGAACUAACAUAAAGGACAUGCCAUUGCGGAUGGGUAGAUUAAAAAGUCUGAGAAAAUUGACCACUUUCGUUGUGGGUAAAUCUACUGGGGCAAGCAUCAGGGAAUUGGGGGAGCUUUCAUAUAUUGAGGGAAAACUUUCUAUUUUGAAGCUACAAGAUCGUGUCGAUGCUGAGGAUGCUUUGCAGGCCAAUUUGAAGGAUAAGAAGGGUCUCAAGGAGUUAACAUUGGGGUGGAGAGAUGGUGCCCGAAUUUGUAAGGAGUACCACAAUCACAGAGAUGUACUUGACAAGCUCCAGCCGCCCAUAAAUUUGGAAAAACUGACCAUCAAAUUCUAUGUUAGAAACCGCUUCCCCAGUUGGUUGGGAGACUCGUCGUUCUCUCAUGUACAAUUCAUGCAUAUUAGUCAAUGUAGUUGUCGGUCCUUGCCAUCGCUUGGGCAGCUGCCAGCUCUCAAAGUGCUCUUUAUAGGGGGGAUGAAUUUUCUUGCAAAAGUAGGUCCUCAGUUCUAUGGCGACGGAUCUUCUCUAAUUCAACCAUUCCAGCGUCUGGAGAAGUUGAUCUUUAUGGAGAUGCCAGAGUGGGAGGACUGGCUACCAAGUGGAGGACAAAGUUCAGUCUUUCCUCGUCUCGAGGAGCUGGUUUUAAAGAAGUGUCCCAAGCUGAGAGGAAACUUGCCUAAUCAUCUUCCUUCCUUGAAAAAACUGUGUGUGUCCGGCUGUGGGGUUUUACAUGAAAGGGCCACCACUACCUUUAAUGUGGUGUUGCAACAAUCUUUUGAAGAAUUAACUCUAGAUGGGUGCCCAAUUCUGUUAUCAUUACUGGGUAAAGAGUUCCUGACCUCACUUCAGAAACUUGAGAUUGGAAAUAUUGUCAAUAUAGAGGGUUUGCUCAAUAACAUGGUGCACAACAGCAAUCAUCUUCAAAAGUUGAGUAUUUGGAAUUGUCCAUUCUUGACGUUGUUUCCUAGUGAUAGGCUACCCUCAACAUUGACAACACUUCAUUUACAAGAGUGUCCAUCCCUGUUGUCGUUCCCUAGAGAUGGUCUACCCAGUAUGUUGAAAUCACUUGAAAUAACAAAUUGUAGGAAAUUAGAAUUUCUAGCUCAUGAGUUGAUACCGAAAUUUCCCUACCUUACAGCUCUAAAUUUAUCUUGUAGCUGUGAUUCACUAAGGUCCUUCCCGUUGGGCCUUUUUCCCCAACUGAGGGAUCUUUCAAUCCGGAGCUGUGUGAAUCUUGAAUCUCUUUCCUUUGAAGCAGUUGAUGGAAAAAUCAGCCAUCUCAAAUCCCUUUCAGUCUUCGGAUGCAAAAAUUUGAGGUCAUUUCCCAAACAACUCCACGCCUUCAAUGACCUUCGGGAAUUGAGAAUAUCCGCUCUUCCAAACCUUGAGUCAGUUGCAGAAGAGGGUUUGCCUCUCAAUUUAGAAGUCUUUGAAGUCUGUUAUUGUGAUAAACUCAAGCCUUCAGCAAAGUGGAGACUGGAAGAAAGCUUUCUUCGACAGUUUUCAAUUGGUGGGAGGGGAAGCGAGGAUCUCUUCGGGAUGUUGCUGAAGGAAAAGCUGCUCCCUACUACUCUUAAAAAUCUCUACAUCUAUGGACUACCUAGUCUUAAAUCUUUUGACGGGAAGGGACUUCAGCACCUUACUUCUCUAAAGAGGCUACAAAUUCAUUGUUGUGAUAAUCUCGAAUUCCUUCCAGAAGAGGGGCUGCCAAUCUCUCUUUCUUUUCUAAGCAUCGAACGGUGUUCUUCCCUGAAGAAAAGGUAUCAGAAUAAAAGAGGGGACGACUGGUCCAAGAUAGCUGGCAUUCCUUGCAUAAAGAUUGAUGAGAAAGUGAUCAUAUGAGCUUCUGGAGUACAUUUUGGUUCUCAUUUCUGCAAAUCAAAGUCAGAGAACCGGUGCAAAGAUAGGUCUAUCCAAGGGCAGCUGUUGUUGACAAAGUGGUCCUUGAAUAGUGCUCAGGCAUGAAUAUGAUUCUCUGGCCUGCACGGGAAGAGUUAACCCGGUCCCUCGAUGUUAUUUUUCCUCAUACUGCUGUUAUUUGAAUGCGGCUGGCGUGCCUUCUCGUCAUUCUUCAAUGUCACGGUAGCCACUGUCAUUUUCUGGUUGGUGUUGGUGUAGACAUGUUUUUCUGCAAGCCUAUCGGUUGAAGAUUGCACCUCGGCAAGCUUUAACUUACAUUUUGUUUUCCUUUUUCAUCAUUUUGUAAUUUGCUUUGUUGAGCUUAUGAAUCCUACAUUAGGAAUUAAAACCUUGUAUAAUAGUUUAAAUGAUAUUGAACCUCUCCACUGAUUGCUAAUUGGUUUGAGGUUGGAUGCUCA